AGGGCAGAGAGAGCAAGAUGAACAAGAUACUGUCGCUGCUCCACGUUUGAGCCUGAAUGUGAGAUAUAACAGAAAUGUCCAAGAGAACAGUGGAGAGGAAGAGGAGAGUCAGGUGAAGAUCUUAGAGGAUGAAGAGCAUCACGCUGAUCUCAGGCCACAAAGAGCCAGACCACACACUCAAAACAACCUUUCAGCCAACAACAGAAGGUGUUUCAAAGCUACUGCAGUGACUCUGGGAGGGUUUGUUCUUCUGAUAUUGGCUGGACUCUUCAUUCGCUGCAUUUUGCUGCAGACCAGAUACGAGAUGCUGCAGACCAGAAAUGACCAACUGAGCAACAAUUACACUCAGCUCCAGAGAAAAGUUUCAGAGAUUUCCGUCAACGACAGUCAGUUAGAGAGCAGCUAUCAAACACUGAGUCAGCUACAGGAUGAAGUAAAGCAGCUGAAGGACAGAAUUAAAGAGAUGCGGUGUCCUGAUGGAUGGACGAUAUUUGGAUGCAGUUGUUACUUCAAAUCUAAAGAGGAGAAGACUUGGUCUGGAAGCAGAGAUGACUGUCGGCAGAGAGGAGCAGAUCUGGUCGUAAUAAACGACGAAGAGGAAAAGAAGUUUGUUACUGAGCUGAGUAAGGAUGGAGAGUCCUGGAUUGGUCUACGGUAUAUAAGGACACCGAGAGGAUGGGAAUGGAUGGAUGGAUCAGCGCUGACAGAAACGUUCUGGGCAGCAGGACAGCCUCUCUAUAACGGUUACUAUGCUGCAUGCUGCGAUCAACAAGGAAAAUGGACACAAGGAUAUUAUUCUGAUAAGAACUGGAUCUGUGAGAAAAAGAUUCUCUGAACUCUUUGAUGACAGACAGGUGUGUAGUGUUGGGAUCAGCUUUGUCAAAUCAGACCAAUUCUUCAACAUUUACUCAGCUGUUUAUUCUGUGUUGCUAAGUAACCUGGAUUACAGAGAUAUUGUUCCUCUGCCCUUCAUAGUGCACAAUCUGUUUAGAAGUCAUGUGUACUUACUCUGUAGUCGUACUGGAUUAUUAUGAUAAAAGAUAAUAAAAACA